AACUUUCUGCAUUUAUCUUUUGUAAUUCUUAAAGUAACGGCUCUUUUAUUGAGAUGUGAUUUAUCUUGUGUUUGAGUAAAAAAGUUUUUAUUUUUUAUUAUAAAGUUUUACGAAUUUUGUUGAAAAUAAUUGUGAAAAUGUCGACGCAAGCUUUGCAGCUAUAUGUAUCGGAACAGUUAUACAAGUUUUGUUUUGGACAAAGAUGUUGCAUGAAAUUUUUGGGAUUUCUCUUUUCAUUGGAUCGUCAGCAUUUCAUUAAGUCCACCAAUGAUUUGAGUUUAGGAAUGCAGACCUAUGUCCAUGAUGGACAAGAGCAUGUGAUAGUGUUUAAGGAUAGUUGUUGUCACGUCUUGAAAGAGCCAACAGGCUUGCAAAUUCAAAAGGAAUCUGUUAAGGAUAUGUACGUGUUAAACUAUCGCGAUGCUAGUGGCGGUCAGGAAGAGAAGGUAAUUUCAGGCUUUAACAAUCCUCGUAAUGCACCUGUGGUACCGCAACAUCGUUUUUCUUUGGGCCCCUUGAAGCAAUCGCUAGCGCGUCCCAAUAGCUAUGCCAUGCAGACCUGUCAAAAUGGUUGCCCAUUCCAACCCUACAAGGAGUCUCUAUUAAAUAGCUUACAAACAAAUCGCGUUGUUAUAAUUAAUGGUGGUCCCAAAUGUGACAAAUCUACUAUUCUGCCCAUGUUCAUUAUAAAUAGCUGUGCCGAAAAGAAAGUUCAUUGCAAAAUUAUAUGUGUCGAAAGGGAACAUUUGGUGGCCAUCUAUAAUAGUGAAAGAGUGGCUGAACGUUUUCAAGAAAAAGUUGGUGAAACGGUAGCUUAUCAAAUACAACUUCAAAGCCGCAUUAGUGAUUCAUCAAAUCUGGUUUAUACAACAUCAUUUUUUCUUUUACGUGUACUAAUGGGCCAAUCGAUAGUGGAUAGUUUUCGUCACAUUUCUCAUGUAGUUGUGGUAGAUGUACAUCUACAUGAGGCUUAUGCAGAUCUGCUGUUGCGUGAAUUAAAAGAGGCGCUUUUGUAUCAUCCACACUUGAAAGUCAUACUGCUUUCAAACUCGCGCAACAAUAUGGAAUUUCUCAAUUACUUUGGCGAAGGUCAAGAAUUAUUUUUGGACAAAACCAAUGACGACUUAGGAAAAAAGAUUGAUGUUUUAUAUCUAGAGGAUAUAUUAGAGUCUUUGCCGGAAACACGUAUUUCUUCUGGCAUAACAAAAGCGUUUUAUGCUCUUCCUGUGAAAAACACCAAAAGUAACUUAAAUAGUAAACACCUAGACAAAUGUCUGGAGUCUUAUGAGAGAAUGGCUUCUGAUCAGUAUUUCGAGUCAUUUCUUUACAUGAUUAAGGGUGAAUGUUGUAAUAUUAAUUAUCGCCAUUCGGUCACCGGUAGAACUGCCUUAAUUAUAGCUUCUCUACUUGGCAAAGCUGCUCAUAUUAAAACGCUUUUACAACUAAAUGCUGAUCCUUAUAUAAGUGACAAUCAAAACACUAAUGCUUUAAAGGCGGCUAUAUCUAUGGGCUAUAAAGAAUGUGUAGAUAUCUUGCAAACGUCACAUUAUGAACAGAGAUUAUCAUCCGUCGAGGGAUUAAAAAAGGACUAUAUUGAUUAUUAUCUUAUAUUAGAUAUUCUGCAAAUGAUAAAUUGUAAUAAACGUUGGAAAAAUGGCAACAUAAUUGUAUUUUUACCCUCAUACCAACAUUUAGUAAAACUUAAUUAUGCUAUACUUAAGCAAAAGCUUUUGGGUAAUAUUCCCGAAAAAAUGAUGGUAUUUUUAUUACACAAUUCGAUUGAUAAAACUGAUUUAGAUGCCAUAAUACAAAAAUGGCCAAAUAUGAUAAAAUUAAUAUUAGCCACUGAUAUAGCUGAAAGUCUAAUGUGUUUCGAUGACAUACAAUAUGUCAUCGAUGCCGCUCGUCAUUAUCGUUGUAUUUAUAAUUAUCGUAGCAUGUGUAAAGAGUAUGUUUACGAGUGGUCACCAAAGGAUAGCAUGGAAAAUCGUUUAUUGCUUUUGUGUCAAGAAUCAGGCGGCGUCUGUUUUCGUUUAAUACCCAAAAGUGUUUAUGGAAAUCUAACGGAUUUUCCUACACCCGAAAUAUUAAAUAUGAAUUUAGAUCGUGUUUGCCUCUCAGUCAAGCUCUUGUCUCCAAACACCAUGGUGGCCGAAUAUUUACAGGAAACAAUUAUUAAGCCACCUUUUAUACAAAUUUAUCGCACUGUAGAGAAUUUAAAGAAAAUAAAUGUCUUCACAGACCUAGAGGAUAUAACCUGGCUGGGCUGUCGUCUUAUCGAUGUGCCGGUGGAAUGUUAUUUGGGAAAAAUAUUAGUGUUUGCAAUUUUGUUGCAAUGCUUGGAUCCGGUACUAACAAUUGUAGGCUUUAUGUCGACUUUAGAUCCCUUAGAAUUAUCACACUAUAUGAAUCAUUUAAAUGAACCCUUCAGAGAUUUAUUGCGUCAUAAUAUUAAAGAAGAAAAACAACGUUUAUCCGAGGGUAUUCCUUCGGAUCAUUUGAUGUACUUGCGUCUGUAUCAAGAAUGGCAAAAUAAUUUUAGAAAUGAGGAAAUGUGUUUGGAUUUGAAUGAAUAUCAUUUCAUUUUAAAUGGUCUGUUAGAACAGGUGUGCAAUAUGCGUACUCAACUGGUGGGCUCCUUGAGAUCAUCACAAUUAAUACAUAGCAAAGGUGAUCUAAGUAUGCAUUAUAUAAAUCUUAAAUCAAAUUGUUGGUCUGUCAUUAAAGCCGCCCUUGUUGGUGGAAUGUAUCCCAAUAUUUGUAUGUUGGAUUAUAAAGUUAAUCGCAUUAAAUCGCCCUGCCGAAGAGAAAUGGUUUUACAUCCAAAUUCUGUUUUGCGACCAUUGGAUUUAGAUUCUAUGAGUUCGUUAAAUUUUGGUUCACCCUGGAUAGUGUAUGGAAAAGAAACAAAUAGUUCCAGUUGUAAUGGUGUCGAAUGUAAUACUGUUGUGACGCCCAUUACAGUUGCAUUGUUUGCAGGACCCACUAAAAUGACAUCAUCCUCCAGCAUUCAGCUUAUAAGAAACCAACAGCAGGAACUGCAAAAUCAGCGUUGUCACUUUCGCAUAGAUGAUUGGAUAUCCUUCGUUGCAGAACACAAGGAGGCUCAAUUGAUUUUAAAAACCCGACAAAGUUUCUAUAGUAUGUAUGAAAACUAUUUACAAUAUUGUGGUUGUUUAGAGAGUCACAAACGACCCCAUCAUAUACUUACCUUGACGCAAAACUCCAAAUUAUUCGAUUGCAUUGAGAAGAUCUUAACACAAGAGGAUAUUGCCAAUGGUUUCAAGCAACCGGAAAAGAUUGGCUUAAGACCCAAAGCAUUACCCAAUCAAUUUAUCAUGAAUCACAGUGCCUAUACUUUAUUAACGAAAUCAUGUUAUAAAAUCACUAAUCAUCGCAAUAGUUUUGCAGCAAUAAGCAAACAAUUUUUUAUGAUCUAUAAUAACCAUGAAAUGAAUGACAACAAUAAUAGUUAUUAUAAUAGUGAAUGGUAUCAUCUGCUGACUGCCAUGCUGCCACCAACAGCUUUAGAAAACAAAUUAAUUUUUGUCAUCUCAUAUUCUUUGAAUCCGGAUUAUCUACAUGGCGUUGCACUUGCGGAAUGGGAUAAAGGACUAUUAAAGUUGCAUUUCUGCUUUAAAUGUGACAUUGAUCUACUUGAUAUUCUAAAUCAAAUAAGCAAUAGCAGUUCCAUAUUUUUAGCUGUCUCUAGUCGCCGAGUCGCUAUACAACUUGAUAACAAAACAGGCGAGUUCCUGUUGAAUAUUUUUGCAGUACGUAACAAUUGGUUACACACAUAAUUUUUAAUAAUAUUACAUAAAUACAAGUUAAGGAUACAUUCUUAUUAGAUUAAGCUAAAAAAAAGUAAACAACAAUUGCCAGUGAAUGAAUGCAUAUACAAAUAAGUUGAUUUAACUGUUAAGUUCAUAUAUUUUUAACAUGCACACACUCACUCAAACAUAAUGUAAUGUGUGUGUAUUUUUUUUCUACUUAUAUACCUAAAUACAAACAUACAAUUGAAUGUAAACAGAGAGAAAGCAAUGUGAUCAAAACAAAAAACAGCUGACAUCAUUGCAAAAUAAAAACAAAAACAUAAUAAUAACACUACACUAUAGUUGUCUCACUCUAACGCAUGGUUAUCUAUGGGAUACAUAAACAAUGUAAGAAUUACAGCAAAAGAGAACUCUCACAAAAAUACAAAAAAAUGAUACUUGCUGGGCGAUUCUGUUCGCCUGGUAUUUUAGCAGAUUUUUGGAUUUUGUUAAAAAUGAAAAAUAGCCAGAGUUGCCAAGGCAUUAGGAUAUG